AUGUCCAUUAAAGACGAAGAAUAUUUGUUCAAUGUAUUAUAUCUAUACUUUAGAAAAGAAAGAAUGGGAUCUUCUUCUUCCUUAUCUUUUUUAAUUUUAAUAUUAUUUAUUAUUAUACAAUUUACUAAACCUCAAGGUGUCAUUCCAAUCAGCACAGAUACUAAUAAUACAAAUCUAUUAGUUAAAUACUUUAUACCAAAUGACGCAAAGAUAUUUAUGGAUAGUAGUGAUGGAUGCUCAAACAUUCACUAUCAAUUCGUAGUAUCUAGACCUAUUCAAAUUGUAACAUCUGGUGCAACUUUGAUGUUUCAAGACCCUACCACCAACCAUCAAUUCUAUAGUGUUCAAGGUGGUGAUAUGAUGUUGAGUCCUGAAGAAACUCAAUUACUAAAGAUUCAAUACAUAGAGAAUGAUCAAACAUUAGAAUUUGAUAUUCAAUCUAUAACAUGUCAAAGACCACCAACAUUUACAGGAUCAUUGGUUAGUAAUCAAGUUAUUUAUGAUAGAGUAUUUCAAACCUACUCCUUUUUACUAGAGAAUGUAUCCUUUAGUUUUAGAGAUCCAACUUGUCAAUUAAACUUUGGUCAGACCUCUGGUGAUAUAUGUUUUACAUACCUAGUAUCACCAAGUAUCUACCGUGUAGUCAUUGAGAAACGUACUGAAACUAUCCUACCACAAUCAUUUAAUGUUACCAUUAGUAGUAGUACUUCAAGUCAAAUGAUAGUGUCUAUUACUAAUCCAAUUAGUUCUGAUGCAGAUUUAAAUAUUGGUAAUUAUAGUAUAAUACAAUCCACUCCAUCAAAUCAACAAUAUUAUCAAGUUAUUACACCAACCUUUAUGAUGACAAGUCCUGUAAACGUUAGUGUUGGUCGAUCACUUAGUAUUUAUCAAGAGGAAAUGGCUCAAUCCAGACAAAUGAUGAUGCCUUCAACUGGUAGACUCGAUGGUCCCGUUUCCUAUUGGUUUGUAGAUUUGGUGCAACCAAUGAGUAGUCAAAGAUACUAUCCAAUGUCAUUCCCUACCACUUCUACACCAAUCUUUGCUCCAACGAUUUCAAUAUCGAGUGCUGUAUUUAGUAACAUUCAAUUCUCUGGACCACGACCCAUCCAAGUAGCCAAUGUUACUCAAUUAAAUACUGCUACAUUUACUGCCAGUGAACAAGGAGGUGCAUCAUUUAUAAAGUAUCAACAAGGUAAUAGGGCAUUUGAUAUUUCAAAAUAUCCAUUUGGAUUGAAAUCAAUUAGUGAUGGAAGAGUCAUAGUUGGUGCUUCGUAUCCAUGGUUACCUGAAAUGCGUCAAGAUAGCUUUGCCUUUAUCAUGGGAAACCAAAACAUCAUUCAACAAUCAGAGAAUCUUAGAACAGCUCAAAUAGUAACCCUACCAACAACCAAUCCCAUCCCAAUCCUAACUAGAGUAGAGGUAUCUGUCAUUAAUCUAAACCAAUACACCAUUAUCAUUGGAUGUCUCUCCCAAUCACCCAUUCAUAGAAUAGAAAUUAGUGAUGGUAUUAAUCUAUCAAUAUUGGAUCAAUCAAAUAUCGUUCAACAAGAUGAUAGAUUCAAUUCAACCUAUCAAGCAUUAAUCAAUAAUGUUUUAGUCCCACCACCACCAACCAUUCUAACAAUUACAUUGUUUGAUUUGGCUGGUAGAUUAAACAUUUAUAAAUCUGGUAAUGCUUUUGAUUUUGAUUUCAACAUUGUUCCUUCUUUUAAUUUAAAUUUUACAAUUAAAAAUAUAACAUCAUUUAAUUUUGAUAAAACAACAAUUACAAAUAAUCAAAUUCAAAAAAUCAAAUUAAAUGUAAAGAUGACUCAUCCAGAUAUAAACUGGUCACCAAUAUUUAAAUUAAAAAGACCAAUUGACAAGUAUAUUGAAAACAAACAAACUUUGUAUUCCAAUAUUCCACCUCUACCAAGUGACAAUGUACCACAAGCAGAGUUGUUUUACGGAAAGUUGGUCAAUGGAUUUUAUGAAUUUGACAUAUCUGUUCCUCAAGGAUAUUACGAGGGACCUUUGGAUUAUGAGAUAUUUUGCAAAGGUUGGGAUGGUGCUCUAAUGUCAAUCUAUGCAAAGAAAACGUUCAAUUCAAUUGUUCCACAAGUUACAGUUGUAUCGGGCAACACUGAUGAUAACAUUGGUCCUUUUAUUAAUGUCAUCACUAUUGACAGUACAGAUACCACUGAAUCAAGAUCAUCAAAUCGUAUCGUAUUGUUGACUAUCGCUUUCAACAUUUCUGAUAGUUUUAAUGGAUUUGAUAGUGGAUUGGUUACAUUGGUAUCAGAGGGUGACUUUACUCAAUAUCAAUUUACAUUGUCGGCAAACGAUAGACAAUCUGGUAAUGCAAAUCAAGGUAUCUACAACAAGACUAUAAAGAUUUAUUCCUGUCCUUCACGCUCCAUUCGAUUUGAAUAUGUAUCAUUGACUGACAAGGGUGGAAAUAGAAAUGUUUACAAUCGUUGGGAAGCUAGUCUUUUAGUCAAUCCUCUGUCCGUUGCACUACCUGUAUUUGGAGACACAAACUAUAGAAUAUACAAUGUCGUUUGUAGUCUCCCAUCAGAGACUAUUGUCAGUACUCUCAGUACUCCCACCAUUGCCAAUCUUACCUUUAGUCCAACUAUAUUGUCAUCGUUUACUUCAACACCAAUCGCAUUUAAAUUGACACUGUCACUAUCCAAACCAACCUAUGGUCUAUCACAACUCCACUUGCCAUCCAUCUACUUGACCAACAUUAGAGGACAAGUUUUAGAGGUACCUCUUAAUCUUGACGGCUCACCAACUGGAGAUCAAAUUGAAUUCUCGGGUAAUAUUACUGUCCCCUACAUGUAUGGAUUUGGAGGAGAAUUCUUGGCCGUUGGAGUCUAUGGUAUCAUUGAUAAUGCUUUGAACCCUCUUGGAUAUGAUACUGCCGAUUUAUUGGUUGCCCUUCCAAACAUUAUCAAUAAUGGUGUUAUUACAGCACCAAAAAUGGAUUGGACUCCAAAGAUACUCCAUAUCGUCGACAAGAUUACUCAAUCUGGAGGAAACUCAAUUACAGUAAAUGGAUGCAACUUUGGUUCAUUGGAUAAACCAUUACCAGUAGUUGGAUACUUUGACCUAAUGGAUGGAUCAACACCCAUUCAAGUUAAAAGCUUUGCCACCAAGCAAUUGGGUGUCGAAAAUCAAUACCAAAUUAUAUUUACCCAACCACAAUUAAAAUCAGAUAGACUCUCACUCUAUGUGUCGGAUGGACUUGGAUCGGUUAGCAUCUCGACAAACUCUAUUAUUCUCGUCUCAAAAGAUUUUAUCUAUCAAGAGUCUCUAUUCCCUUGUCCAAAGGAUUCCAACGACAAAAUAUGUGGUGGAAAUGGUGUUUGUACAAAGACUGGUUGUCAAUGUUCAACUGGUUAUACUGGAAGUGGUUGUACAAGUGUCAAAAUACCUCACGACUCUUUGAAAAUGGAAUUCAAUCAAGAUAAACCAUCUUUAAAUAUGUUUAUUAAAGAUCAAGACAAUAAUAAGGAAUCAUCAUCGUCAGAGGAAACUGCUAAAACAAAAACAUUUAUAUCAAUCAUUGAACUAAGAGAGAUUUCAAUUGAUGGUGAUACAUUAAAAUCAUAUCCAUUAAAUGAUUGGGAUUAUGUUGGUAGUUUUAAUUCAAAUAGAUCAAGUACUCUAUACAAUUACACAACCGUUAUUCGCCAAGGAGACAACACAACAUCAACUAUCAAUGUGACCAUUGAACAUUUCAACACUACUAGUGAUGUAAUGAUUGACUUUGCAGAUGCCAACUUUACCGUUCAAGAUUCAACCAUCAAAUAUACUAUUAGUAUGUCCAACUAUAGCUUUUCAUCACGUCUCAAUACACUUCAACUCAUCAUGGACUCGGUCAUUACUAGAAACACUAGUUCCGACAGUUGUUCAUCAUCUGAAUCUGGAUCAUUCAAUGGCGCAGAAAAUGAUGUUGCUUGGAUCCAACUCCGAGUUGAUAGCGUGUCACUCUAUGUCCAAUGCAUAAAGAAUGCAGAGGCAGACGAUCGUACAAUCUAUGUAACCAACAAGAUAUUAGAAGAAUCUGUAUCAAACGACACUACCAUUACCGUGCAAGACCCAUCCAAACAAUCAGUGAAAAGAUUAGCCAUCAACAUUCCAUACUAUGACCGCUACUUUGUCAUUGAUCCCAACUUUCAAGCCAUUUUGAAUAUGGAAAGUGAUACAUCACCAAACCAAAAAUGUAGUAGUAGCGACGAUGGAGGAGUGUCUCGUAGUCUAAUCAUUGGACUAACUGUUGCUCUUGUCGGAGCAUCCAUUGUGAUUGGGAUUACCAUUUUCUUCGCCAUCAAAUAUAAAUAUGCUAUUCAAUACAGAAUCGAUAAACUUUCACAAAAAAUGACUGUUAUUAAAAAGAAAUAA